UAGGAGGGUAAAACAGAUCGGACGCGCGGCGCGGGAGACAGCCGCUUUUGGACACGUUUUGGAGACAGAAGCUGCCCGACUGCACACGGGGAAAAAAACAAACAAAAAACAACAACAACAGAAAGCGCAACUUACUUUGCGUCGCCUCACCCGUCCAUUCCGUUUUGUCGCCGUGCCGUUAAUAUUGUUUCGGGGAGUGCUUUUUAAUAUCAUUUUUUUAUUUAGCGGACGAAGUUUGGCGGCUGAAGGACGCACCUCGGGACUUUGACGCAGACGUCUCCCUGACUGCUGGCUGCGGGACAUGGGUCGCCUCUGAGGGCCAAGCUGCGGUAGACGGACGGACGGCUCGGAGCUGCUGUCCUCUUGUCCUCCUAUCUCUUGCAGAGUGGACCCACUUUUGAGAGAGCGUGUUUUUCCCCCCUCUAUCUGGGCCUACGGCCGACUUGUUUAAAGGUCCUUUUUUUUCCUUUUUUUUUUUGCUUCCGGCAACAGCGAAGAGACCAAGUCUUCCUCCCUCAGCCCGCGCUCCCUCUCUCUCUCUUUUUUUGGAAGCUGAACUUUUAAAGGAAAAUGGGGCAUUGAGAGGGUUGGCAGAUCUCCCCACGCUAUAAUGGCUACUGACACCUACCUGGUGAACGACGAUCCAACUAGAGGCCCAGGGAUGCCUGAAUGUUUCCUCGUGUCUGACACGUAUAGGGAUGAAUUCCACCCCUUCAUCGAGGCCCUGCUGCCCCAUGUUCGCGCCUUUGCCUACACCUGGUUCAACCUGCAGGCCCGCAAGCGCAAAUACUUCAAGAAGCACGAGAAGCGCAUGUCCAAGGAGGAAGAGCGCGCAGUGAAGGACGAGCUGUUGGGGGAGAAGCCAGAGAUCAAGCAGAAGUGGGCCUCGCGCCUGCUGGCCAAGCUCCGCAAGGACAUCCGGCCCGAGUUCCGCGAGGACUUUGUGCUCUCCAUCACGGGGAAAAAGGCCCCCUGCUGCGUGCUGUCCAACCCCGACCAGAAGGGCAAGAUCCGUCGCAUCGACUGCCUGCGCCAGGCCGACAAGGUGUGGCGGCUGGACCUGGUGAUGGUCAUCCUGUUCAAGGGCAGCCCCCUGGAGAGCACGGACGGCGAGCGGCUGGUCAAGUCACCACAGUGCACCAACCCUGGCCUGUGCGUGCAGCCGCACCACAUCGGAGUGUCCGUCAAGGAGCUGGACCUCUACCUGGCCUACUUCGUCCACACGCCAGAAUCCGGACAAUCAGACAGCUCCAGCCAACAGGGGGACACAGACAUCAAACCACCGCCCAAUGGGCACCUGAGUUUCCAGGACUGCUUCGUCACCUCAGGGGUGUGGAACGUGGCAGAGCUGGUUAGAGUGUCGCAGACACCCGUAGCCACGGCGUCAGGCCCUAACUUCUCAUUGGCUGACCUGGACAGCAGUCCCAGCUACUACAACAUCAACCAGGUGGCUCUGGGGCGACGCUCCCUCACCUCCCCUCCUUCCACCAGGUCUGAUGUGGAGUUGUACGCAAACCUUCCACGGAGCUCCAGCAAGAGGAAGUCGUUAGACGACAGUGAGCUGGAGAGCCCCACGGAUGAUGUUUUCUACCCUGGACGCUCGCCUGCUGCCAGCUCCUCCCAGUCCAGUGCGUGGCCCAACGACAUGGAUGCAGUGCAGCACCAUUUGGCGAGUGUGCAGGAGAGGAAGAUAAAACAUGAAAACGAUGGCGUGCAGUUUCCUUACCAUGGACUGUCCUCGCCUGGUUCACUUAAGAAGCCGGGGAAGUUUGAUUUCAACGCCCUGACUUCCCAGACGAGGUCCCCCCGCAUGGCGUUCACACACCACCCGCUGCCUGUGCUGGCAGGAGUGAGACCAGGGAGUCCCCGUGCCUCAGCCUCAGCUCUGCACUUCCCCUCCUCCUCCAUCAUCCAGCAGUCCAGCCCGUACUUCACCCACCCCACCAUACGCUACCAUCACCACCAGGACCCGCUUAAGGAGUUUGUGCAGUUUGUGUGCACCGACGGCUCAGGGCAGCCCAGCGCACAGCCUAAUGGAGGUGGCCAGAGCAAAAUGCCGGGCUCCUUCCUGCUGCCCCCGCCACCCCCGGUGGCGCGCCCUGUGCCCCUCCCCAUGCCCGACUCUAAAAUCAUCAACACGCCCACUGACGGCGGACUCAGCUCACCCGCAUCUCCGUCAUACUCCACGCCAGGCUCCACAGCUCCCAACCGGUUUGUCGGCAUCGGAACACGGGACAACUUUCUGAAUAUCCCCCAGCAGACUCAGUCCUGGUUCCUCUGACGAGGCCUCUCUGAAUCAAGAGCUAAAAUUGUGUCAUGAAAAUUGGAAAUUUGAAAAACAAACACGUCACCGCUGAUUAAGAACAGACUGCUGACACUAAAAGGUCUUUCUCUCUAGCCAACACUAUUCAAAGUACUACUACGAACUCCAAAAGAAACAACCCCACACCAACCCAAGAGGACUCACAAUCCAACCCGAUUUGAACAGGAACCCCCCCCACCCCCCCCCCCACCCCCCCUUGUGCAGGAGGCUUCAAUGAGAUUGAGUGGACAGACUCGGAAUGCGAGGAAGAAGAGGAACUGUCUCGCACCAACACACACACACACACACACACACACACCACCACCACCACCACCACCAAACGUCAGAAAGGAAACACAAUAUGGCAACCUGACAAAUGACCAAUCAUUCAUUUGUUGUUUCUUUUGUAUUUUUUUAAUAUUUUCAUUUUUUUUUAAAUCAUUUUUAAUUUCUUUCAUUGUGUUGUCGCCACAAUGAAACUCCAUGCAUUGGCUGGGUGAUCCAAAAAAUCAAACAAAAAACAUAGUGGUAAACGGUGAAGUCGGAUGCGCGCGUGGCAAAAGAUCGCCACCUAAAUGUGCACGCCUCCAUCUCUGUGCAUCUCCCAUCUGACCGCCACCGCCCCCACAUGGAGCUCAGCGCUGCGCAGGGUCCAGACCGCCAACCGCGUCGCCACGCUCUCGCCGCUUCAUCCGCUCAGCCCUGAGCCUCUUCUAAUUUCUGAUUGGCCAAUCAUGGUGGCACCAUCCGAUGGUGUGACAUAUAUGCACUAAGUGGCUGGUCUUUGUUUACCUGUCAAAAGUAUCAGGGCGUCCUGCUGCGGGAGAAACGAUAGCAUGAGGCGAGCGCUAGCGAGCGAACACACGACAGACGGUCAUAACACUAACUCUACAUGUGCUCUUUCGUCCCCCUCACCUAUGCACUAUUAAUUUUUGAUAAGGGAUGAACGGUAUUGCACACCGAUGGUCAGAUGAGCGAUUAGAGAAGUGAGUCGAGGCUGGCCGCCACAGCGGGGAUGUGGCUACGCUAACGGUCAAAGUCAAGGCCCUGACACAUGCAGCGCACGCACACGCACACACACACGCACGCUUGUAGACAGCACAUACAGACAUUAUCAUAUUAUUCAUUAACGUGGACUUUACUUUACAGUUAUGCACACGCAGCAUCAGCUUCAUAUUAUCGGCUUUCAUUUUGUUUGUAGGUGAUUUCUUGCGAUUUCUUUUUUGGCCAGAUUUGGUUUUGGUUUUUGUCUCACUUGGAUUGUUUUAACCUUCUCCUGCAUGUCACAACACUUCCUAUUUUUCUGUAGUUUGCAGUAAUACAUUAAGUAUCGGAUUUCAGCAAAUCAGUAACAGUAGUUUCUCAAAUCUCUCGCGUAUGGACAGCACAGUAACAACAGCUCAUCACAUGCAGCCCCCAUUGCUUCACCUUGUCUCCCUUAAGAAAACCCAGAGCACUACACACACGCACACACACUCGCACACAGGCGCACGUAUAGAAUGCACACCAACACCACCAACAACCUGACAGAAAAUAAUAACGGGAAGCCUUUAUAUUUGGUUCUCCAAACUGCCUUUGUUAAUGGUUUUUCAUUCACUUAAGAUUUGUCCUUUUUUCAAUUUGAGAUAUAUGUUGGGGUUUUUUUCUACGUCAAUGUUCACAUUCAAAUUUGCGAUCCGUAUCAUUCUCGCCAUGAAACAAUCCACCAAAAGCCGAACUCACAAAAUAACUGGACUGCCCAGCUGUUGGUUCUAUUUUGCAGGGAUAAUGAACAGGGCUGAGACCUCGUUUUCAGCCACUCUAGUAACAUUAGCUCUAUGUACUAAAACCAUAUAUCAAGACUAUAACAAUAUAUGAAAGUGCCUCUGUAUUCCCUUCAUGCAAUUAGUAAUAAACUUGACUUCAGGUUCUCUUCCCACGGACAAGCUAAAGCUACGGGGGAUGGUAGCGCUGGUGCUUGUGGGAACCAUUGGCCGAGGACAGAUCUUUAUAGAGGACUGCAAACCUUUUUUUGUGUAAAGACAGAGAGAGAGAGAUCUUAUACAUAUAUAUUUAUGAUAUAUGCUCCUUUUUAACUUUUACUACAUGAGCUGGCAGUCUAGUUAUUUUCUGAACUCUCACCCCCCAUCCUUACACACACACAUACACACACACACAUACACACACACCCCGUUUCAGUAACAUCAGCUUACUGUCACCCGUACGAAUCAAACGACACUCGCCAUCUGCAGCGCAGCAUCAUAACGACUAGAUGUCAAAAAAAAUCGACAGUAGGUUUGAAGAAAAAAAAAAAGUGUUUGUUUUUUGAUGGAAAGUAUUAUUAUUGAAAAAUAUGUGUCGAUUGAGCCACGUGCAAUGCAUUGGGUAGAUCAUUGUGUUUGUCUGUUAGAGAUUUUUAAGAAAGCUAAGAGAAAAGAGAAAAAAAAUGUAUUUGUUUCAAAGUCCAUAAGCUCCGGGACUCUAAACCAGGGGGCCAUGAAAAAUCCUAGUCUUUGUAAGUUUGGGGGUAUUUGUUUUUAUUUCCUUUGUCUCUUUUUUAUGUUUUAUGUGUAAUCAAUUGUUUAUAAAAAUGUGGGAGGGCUGAAGAAAAAAAAAAUUCUACACAACUUGGGGGGGAAAAUAUUCUCUAUCAGAUAAAAUCUGGUGCUUUAACACUAUAAAGUACAUUCAGAGCUAUUGUACAUGAAUGGUAAUGAACAAAAAUAACAGACCAUUUAGGAAACAGCAUUAUUCCUCUCUAUUUUUAUUCUUCUUCUAUUUGUAUAGAGUUGGGGGAGAGGUUCCUAUUCCUUCAGGUUGUGACACAAAAGGCAUUUUGGUUCAACCUUUAGAGAGAAAAAAACACAACAAACUGAUACUGUCAAGAAACAAUUCAGAUGACUUUUCCGUGCACUGCCUGAAACUCACCAGCAAGAAAAGAAAAAAAACAACCCUCCCAAUUUAACUCAUUUUUAUCUCAUACAUUGGCAUAUUUAAGUACUCCCGUACUGCGGGAGAUGCUUCGCAUCCAGACCUCUUUUAUUCCCAUGAUCAUGUUUCUGAAUCUAGAGCUGGAUUAAAACCCAGCAGGUUGCGUUGAGACCCACAUGCAAUGGAAAGAGUAAAUAAAAAACAUAUAAAAGUAGCUUAAAAAUCCGGAAGAAUGCGAUUGAACCCGUUUCUGAAACAGGCAGAAGGCGAGCCUCUCCCCUGUUGCACCCCCUCCUCUGUAAAUGACUCUUAUAGUGCUUGUGCUGUAGUGUAUAGUUUCCCAGCAGUUAAAGGUUGUCCCUUAAAAGUGCCUUUUGUUCACAGACUCCAUUUUGUAAUCCAGAUCGCCCCCUCUUUUUUUUUCUUUUUCUUUCACGAAGCGGCUCGGAGGUAACCGGUCGCCCCGGAGUGCCGCGAGGAGGCAAAAGGUCAGCGCUCAGGGACGACUCGUUAUUUCCUCCCGCCUUCGAAAUUAAUCCCCUCCAUUGUACCACCCCUAUAUCCUCUCUUCCUUUUCAAAGCCGUAUAUAGAUGUAUACACACGUAUGUGUAUAUAUCUAGUACAAAAGGAAACUGGUGUGAAUUAGUUCUUUACUUUUUAUUGAUAAAUGACAAAAAAAAAAAAAAAAAAAAAAAACUUUUGAAAAGGCAAAAAAACUUGUUCUCGUUCAGCUCUUGCUUUUUUCUCCCCCUCUGUCUCCGCUGUCUGUUUUCUCUUAGACACUGGAGUAGUCUGUAACUGUGUGUCCGUCACUCUCUCUCUCUCUCUCUCUCUCUCUCUCUCUCUCUCUCUCUCCGUCUCUCUCUCUCUCUCUCUCUCCCGCCCUCUCCACUAUUGUGGGAGGGUGGGAGGAGAACAAAAAAAUUAUUGCCGAAAAAACUUUUGUCUGAGCAGAAUGCAGUUAGCUCACAUGUUAUUCUUGUCUGUAUGCUUCACAUUGUAUUACCAUACCCAUCUUCUUCAGCUUCUCCAUUCAACAGCUAAUGUAAGUGAACAAAUUACGCUGACGGGCUUUUGGGGGUGUCCUUGGGUGGGUUAGGAAAAAGGACGACCGGGGUUUAGGGUUGAGGAGGUAUCGACGGACAGGGUCGAGAGGGCUGGACGAACUGCUUCAGGAUGUCGGAAAGGGGCUGCUUCAACUAGGAUAAGAGUUUGCUCUUCUGUUUUAGCUAUUUAUUUUUUGGCUUUGUUUUAUUCCCCCUCUUUUUUCAUUUCUUUUUUUUUUGGUUUCCUUUUAAUUUGGAUUUCUUUUUAAUAUUUGCUAUCAGGGUAUGCUGUCGUUUAGGCCCUCCUCGAGGAGGCCUUUGGACUGUAAUUGAAAGCUACAAGCACCUUAUAACCGGACUUGUCCUGCACGAGGCUGAAAGAGGUGGACGGGGGGGGAUUGCAUUUCCAGGACAUAGCCACAUCCAUUUAAACCAAUCUUAUGAAGUGAAGUAUUAUUGUUCACGGCCCAGCAGUAUUAUCCACUUACAACACACCAAA